AACUGACUAUGAUGACUGGGCUGUUGCUUAUAGUCAAUUGUACAGUUCAAGGCAGUUAUACGUUCCAUGUAAGACGAGAGAGACGUACACCAUGUGGAAGACCACGACGGUGAUCUUGGUUCUUACCAUUGGUAUAGCUUUCUUGUUCCGCAAUAAACCUAUAGAUGUACCAGAUUUACCUGAAACGUUCUGGGGACCGGAAAAAAAUAAGGUGGCCUCGAAAGAAAUAAGACCUUUCGUUAUUAAUAUACCAAAAUCGGUAAUCGAUGAUCUGAACGAACGGCUCGUAAAAAAAAGAGAGCUGGUAGAACCGUUGGAAGACGUUGCGUGGACUUAUGGUAUCAGCACGACAUAUCUGAAUAAUAUUCUUGAACAUUGGCGUACAAAAUACAAUUGGACUGAACGGCAGGCGCUUCUCAACAAAUAUCCUCAAUACAUAACCAAUAUACAAGGUCUGGACAUACAUUUUUAUCACGUGAAACCAUCUAUUCCACCGAAUCGGAAAAAUAUAAAGGUUCUUCCGUUAUUGAUUAUUCACGGUUGGCCAGGAUCCGUGGUGGAGUUUCAAAAAAUUAUUCCCAUAUUAACGACGCCACGUCCCGACAGAGAUUUUGUAUUUGAAGUGAUUGCACCUUCACUUCCCGGAUAUGGAUUUUCGCAAUCGGCUGUACGACCCGGAUUAGGCACACCACAGAUAGCUGUUAUAUUUAAAAAUCUCAUGUUGCGUCUCGGUUUUAACAAGUUUUACGCUCAAGGAGGAGACUGGGGCUCCUUUAUUACUGCACAUUUAGGAAGUUUGUUUCCGGACAACAUUCUUGGCGCUCAUAUGAACAUGUGUUCAACGAGUUCAAGCAAGUCUAUGCUCUGGGUGUUACUCGGUGCUCUUGUUCCACAAUUUGUGGUAGAGAAUCAACAUUAUUCUAGAAUGUAUCCUUUGAGUGACCAUACGAGUCGGUUAAUUGAAGAAUCGGGAUAUAUGCACAUACAGGCUACCAAACCGGAUACUAUAGGCACUGCCGUGGCAGCCUCACCAGUAGCACUGGCAGCAUAUAUCUUGGAAAAGUUUAGUACAUGGACAAAUAACGAAUACAAACUUCGUUCUGACGGCGGUCUACUCGAGAAAUACACUUUAGACGAGCUUCUAGACAAUGUCAUGCUUUAUUGGGUUACCAAUUCUUUGACUACGAGCGUCCGAAUUUAUGCUGAGCAAUUUACUGCAAAACAUAGAUCAAGCAAUAUAGACGAAUUGCCAGUUCAUGUACCAACAGCAUGUGCGGCGUUUCCUCACGAACUAGCGUAUCAAUCGGAGAGUAUCGUUCGUGACAAAUUCAUUAAUCUAAUACAAUUUAAUCAUUUACCGCGCGGAGGUCAUUUCGCCGCAUUCGAAGAACCGGGACUCUUAGCGGAUGAUAUUUUUGAAUUCGUGUCUAAGACUGAAGAUCUUAGGAAGAAAGCUGAUGAUAAGGAUGUACCAAACACAGGAAAGAAAAUAAAGGAACCUACGAAAAUUUAAAAACAAACUAUACUAUACUAUAUUAACUAAGGGCACAACAAAAUCUAUGAUAUUGGAGAAGCUAGAUUUUUUUGUUACUAGCAGAACCAGUAUGUGGUAAUAUUUUUUCUAUUUUUGCAUGUGUAAAAAUUUUUGAAAUAAAAUGAUUAUUUUCCAUAA